GUUGGAGGCGGCACCGCUUCCGGCAGCGGGCAGCGUGGACGCUCCUCUAGUAUCUCUGGUCAGAGCGGCCUCACAAGUGGCGCCUCCACACCCGAGACAACUCCCUGGCUUUGAGGACAAGUGCCUGGCCUGUACACUAUGGCAAAGACUGAUCUGCAGGCGGACAGCGUGGUCCCUACUGGAUCUGCCCAGGGUCACCAAAAGAAGAACAAGAAGAGGAAGAAGUUCUGGGCCAAGGAGAAAGGUGCGACCAAAAAGACGGAACCAAUAUUGCCUCCUGGAGAUGGUGCUGAAUACUCCACCAACUGGAAGGCACUGCAGCAGCUGCUGAAUCCGAAGACAGAAAACGAGAACAAAGUUCCAGACGGCAAAAACCAGACAAGGACCAAGGAGGAAAAGAAACAUUGUCAACAAGUCAAACCUGAGAAAGGGGCAGAAAAGAAGACCCAGCCACACUCUUCAACAAGUGCACCAGCGAGAGAAAACGGACUGAAAGUAGAUAAGAACGCACAACAGGGGACUCAACGUAGGGAAAAUAAGCGGGUUAGGAACGGCCAUGGCCUGGCAGAGGAAGGUUAUGGCCCUCAACAGAGAAAACGAAGAAAGGUGGAACCAGAAGUUGAGAAACCACCUGCGCCUGACAUCUGGUUUGAUGACGUGGACCCCGAUGAUAUCGAAGCCGCGAUGGGGCCAGAAGCUGCAAACAUUGCUCGGCGGCAGGAAGGUGCAGCGUCGGGAAAUCCAAACCCGACAGAACAAGGCUUGGAAAAGGCGCUGGUUAAGGAUGGAGCUUUUGAAGGACUGACCAAAGCUGUGGCGAUGGACUGCGAGAUGGUCGGUGUGGGGACAGACAAAGUGGACAGUAUCCUGGCAAGGGUCUCCAUUGUCAACCAGUUUGGCAAAUGUGUUUAUGACAAAUAUGUGAAACCAACGGAGAAGGUGACCGAUUACAGGACCUGGGUGAGUGGCAUCCGGCCAGAGAACAUUAAGGACGGUGAAGCCUUCAAAGUGGUGCAGAAGGAGGUGGCAGACAUCUUGAAAGGCAGGACGUUAGUCGGCCACGCGAUACACAACGACCUCAAGAUCCUGCUUUUGGAUCAUCCGAAAAAGAGAAUUCGUGACACGCAGAAAUACAAACCAUUCAAGGCAAUUACCCAGUGUGGUCGACCUUCUCUCAAACAUCUGUGUCGAGAGAUCCUAAAGGUUAAAGUGCAAGAGUCUGAACAUUCUUCGGUGCAGGACGCGCAGGCAACAAUGAGACUGUACACGUUGGCACGAAAAGAGUGGGAAGCCGAGUUAAAGGCAAAGCACAAAGGGAAGAAAGAAGCCAUUAAAGAGAAAAGUAAAGCUCAUGUGAAAGAGGAGGGGAGCACAAGAAAGUGACAGUGAGGGAGGGACCAGUGUCCCUCUAAUGCUUCUCCGAGGUCAAUCCAUGCCACCCUUGCACUGCAAUUUAAAUUUGACAGAGGAACACGUAGUUGUGUGGGGAAAGUCCUUGUGUGACAACAGCGGUAUUUGUGACACAUCAAUGGAUAUUGCAGUAAAGAGCACAAUACACUAAGUGGAUGCAAACAGAAAGAGCAAGAGGCUGCUGCAAUCUCCUCAAAGUUGUUCAUGUGGCAACUCGAUGGUUUGGGCUGAUACUGAAAUCUGUACAUUUUGCAGAUAUUCUGCAUCUAAUCCUAGGAAUUUUUAAGAAAAUUAAAUUUGUCAAGCUUUUA